GCGCCAGUCUUUUGUUAGACCAUCCAAAUAGCUUCCACCUUGACGUCGAACUCGCCUUUCCUACUCUGCAGCUUUGAAGUUGACGUUGAACCCAUUCGUGACCUGGUGUACUGCAAUUUGAGGAUGCCUUAUUUUCGGUUACUCAGAUAUAAUUAAUGGACAGCUCAGACCACGAUCUCCGCGGGCACGAUAUAUAUUAUAUAUAAAUCUUCAUCCUAGGGAGUCCAGAAAACCAAACAUUCGCAACAACCCACCAUCACUAAUGCACCAUCAUCACUUCAUGGCUUCAGAAUUCAAGAUCUCCGUUCCAGAAGAAUCCGUAUCCCUCCUCAAACGGAAACUCGAAUCAACUCGUCUACCUGAUGAGCUGGACGAAGCAGGGUGGGAUUAUGGUGUACCGUUGUCGGAUGUCCGACGAUUGGUCGCUAGAUGGAAGGAUGGGUACGAUUGGAGGAAGUAUGAGAAGGAACUGAACGAUGAGCUACCGCAGUUCACGAGGGAUAUCGAGGUAGAGGGACAUGGGGUUUUGAAUGUACAUUACGUCCACAAGGAGAGUUGGGCGAAGGGUGCUAUUCCGUUGUUGUUCGUUCAUGGGUGGCCAGGAAGUUUUAUCGAAGUCAGGAAGAUUUUGCCUAUCCUCACUGCGGUAGAAGAAGACCAGCCAAGUUUCCAUGUCGUCGCACUGAGCUUGCCUGGUUACGGAUUCUCUGAGGGCGCGAGGAAGAAAGGGUUCGAUUUGAAGCAGUACGCCGAGGUUGGACAUAAGCUCAUGCUAGCUUUGGGAUAUGAUGAAUAUGUUGCUCAAGGAGGAGAUUGGGGAGCUGCCAUCACUCAGGUUAUGGCAGGAGCUUACGGAGGCUCGCAUGUCAAAGCAUUCCACACCAACUUGCCUCUCGCUCUUCCUCCCCCCGACGUCGACCCUUCCAGAUAUACUCCUGAAGAAGUUGCUGGGCUGGAAAGAGCACAGUGGUUCCAAACGAAAGGAAGAGGUUAUCUCAUCGAACAGGUCACGCAACCGCAGACGCUGGGAUACAGCUUGAGCGACUCGCCGGUGGGAUUGUUAGCUUGGAUUUACGAGAAACUGGUCACCUGGACGGAUGCGUAUCAUUGGCAGGAUGAUGAGGUGUUAACAUGGAUCUCCAUCUACUGGUUCUCUCGUGCCGGGCCAGCAGCUUCCUCUCGUAUAUAUUACGAAGCCACGGAUUGUAGCACUUUGUUAGUCGCGCUCCCAAAAACGACCGUUCCUUACGGGAUCUCCUUCUUCCCGAAGGAGCUCGCCUCUGCUCCGCUCUCCUGGUUAUCUGAUAGAAACGUCAUUUUUCAUGCACGCCACGAAAAGGGUGGUCAUUUUGCUGCUCAUGAGGUUCCAGAGUUACUCGCAGGUGACUUGAGGAAGAUGUUUGGGAAAGGCGGACCGGCCUAUGGGGUUGUUAAGAGAAAGGAUGGGUAUGCGUAAAGUGUGGUUGAGUGGUGUUAGCGAUGUACUUGUACAUAUAAAAGCAUGUUAACGGGCGCCUAAAUCCAUACCGUAACUUCGACGGCCAAGCAAAAUGGAAUGGCUCACAAUCACCAAAGGUCAUGAAGGGAGGGUUACUUGCGCU